UCUCUUUUAACUCUAAUUUUGGAUUUCAAUUUAUAGAGUUGGAAAUGGCAGUUAUUAGGACAAGUGCAAACGUGGUUAUGAAACUCCUCCAUCAUCCACUGCUAUCUUCCAUUUCCUUAUCAUCUUCGCCUCGUCUUCUUCUUCCCUCUCCCUCUAACACAACCAUCCGACUUACACCCAAUCGUGGAAUCAGUUUCACCCGAAUUCGUUGCGCCGCAUCCGACGCCGAUGCCGACAGAAAAGUCUCGGCUCGUCUCUCUCAAGUCCAACAACUCCUUCAGGAAGCGGAAGAGCGAGCCAGUGCCGCCGGGGAUGAACCCACCCCUCAAAUCACUCUGGAUCAUGUUUCCGUUAGUUUUGCAAGGAGUGGUGGCCCUGGUGGUCAAAAUGUAAACAAGGUUAACACCAAGGUGGACAUGCGGUUCAAUGUAAAACAGGCUUAUUGGCUAAGUGAUAGGAUCAGAGAGAGGAUUAUGCAACUGGAAAAAAACCGGAUAAACAAGGAUGGAGAAAUCGUGGUAUCGUCAACAAAAACCAGGACACAGAAGGGAAACAUUGAUGAUGCUCUGGCAAAACUACAGGCAAUCAUUGAUGCUGCUGCUUAUGUGCCACCACCCCCAUCAGAAGAGCAGAAGAAGAAAAUCGCAAAGAUGGCUGCAAUCGGGGAGAAAAAACGCCUUAAAAGCAAGAAGGUCCUUUCCGACAAGAAAGCAUUUAGAAGAAGCCGGGACAGUUGGGAAUAAAUCAUGUCAUCAUGACUGGUAAAGUUUAUAACUUUAUAUAGUGUUUGAAGAUCAUCAAUUCUCAUUGGAGAAGCAGGCAGCUAGGAACGGAGCUUAAAGGAGUGCUUUGUCCUUAAAAAAUUUCAUGGUGGGGCAAAAGAACUACCAUCUCGUGUCAGUGUAAUAUUAUAGGCUGUUAAAGGCUUAUAAUUGUUAUAAGAUAUUACACACAAAAAAUUUUGAUUACAUGUUUAUGUUUGCCAUAGUUAAUGAUAUUUAAGAGAUUUACUGUCAUAGGGUCUUUUAGCAAAUAAUCGUUGCCAUGUACAUAAUUGCUUCUUUGCAUGUAGGAAGGAAAGAUGAGAUGAGAAAUAGAUUGUAGAAAGUAGAAAAUAU